GGCGAUACCGACGAUACCGCGCUUCUCACCGUAGUCAGUGUCAAUUCGACGACAGUUCGCACUUCAACUCGCGAUGCGGCUUUCUUCCACCAUCUACUCGGCGAUCACGCUUAUCUUAUUCAACAAUGUAGUGUUGUAUGCGAGCGGCACACCGGAAAGGACUCCCAUGUGGAAUCAAACUUGGACUGAUCGUUUGAAGCAAGAUCUGUUUGUAAAAUACGAUAAGUUCGCUCGACCGACGCAACAUUUCAACACAACGGUGGUCAACUUCGACAUUACUAUUCUUUAUGUCGAUGUGGAUGACUUCAAGUCUACCAUCACUAUUAACGGAUGGGCGUCCCAUUUGUGGACAGACGAUAAGCUCAAAUGGGAUCCCGCCAAAUACGGCAAUCUUCAACAUAUUCAUGUAGGGAACCACGAAGUAUGGCAACCGGACAUUUUGCUGUAUCACAGCGGAACUGCCGGUACGGUCGAGCAUUAUGGUGAUACGGCCUGCAUCAUAUAUCAUGACGGUCGAGUUUUAUGGGUGCCGCCCGCGCAAUUUGUCGGACUUUGCGAGCUGAAUCUUCGUCUAUGGCCCUUCGAUACGCAGAUUUGUAAUAUGACGUUCGGUUCUUGGACGUAUCACGGCGAGCAAAUUGAUAUGCAAUUGGGCACGUCUCAAAAAAAGGAACCGAUGUACAUCAAAAACGCGCAGUGGAAGCUAGUAAAUUUGAGCAAAAAUCGCGAAGCGGUCAUAUACUCUUGUUGUCCGGAUCCAUACAUCAACUUAAAUUUUAAGAUGAUCUUAAAAAGGAAUUCCGGGCUUUAUUGCAGUAUAUUAUUGAUGCCUGCUGCCGCCAUAGUUUUCCUGGUUCUGGUCACGUUUUGGCUACCACCUCAAAGUGAAAUGAAGAUCAAUGUUGCGGCCUGUACUGUAUUAAUCAUUGCCGUGUUUUUAGUCUACUUCGGCUUUAAAAUACCAUUAACUGCAAAUCCUCCGCUCAUAGUUUAUUUCUAUAGUGGUUGCCUCUGUCUAGUAACAAUUUCGUUGGUAUUAUCAAUAUUGGUGAUUAACAUGUCAAAAAGAACAUACUGCAGACCACUUCCACGGAAUAUCAGAUUAUGUCUAUUAAGUUGGCCUGGAAAACUGUUAGGACUUUCCGAGCUUAUAAGUGUGAUCGAAUCGCGACGUCCUAUGCCAGGACAAGAGUUGCGUGGUAAACUUACAGAGGAAUCUACAACCAAUUCGACGUCCAAUAUUUCGGACGAUGGAGAUCGACAGAACAUAAUUUCGCCGACAAAGAACACCACGCAAUUGGAAUGGAUUCUCGCGGGCACGGCCGUUGAUCGUAUCGCCUUCGUACUGUUCUGCUUGAUCCUAGCAACAAUGGCAAUAGUGUGCAUAAGUUAGUUAGGAAUAUGAAAGUUUUCUUACAAGUCGCUUUAAUAUAUCUCGAUAAUCUAAUAUAUAUCUGGAAUAUAUGUGAACAAAUCAUAUGAAUUGUUUGUUUGAUAUUGAUUUAUUCUCAUAAAUAAAUAGCUCUCGUAGUAUAUACAAAUGUAAAUAUAUAUAAAUAUAUGAUACCAAGAAAAGUA